AUGAGUGACAUUAAGUUAUUUGUUGAAUCUAAUACGGCCUUCAGUAAUAGGAAACACCACCUUCAGUGUUUAUGGAAGAAAGUUGAAAAUUCUCCUGUCGUUGUUAAUACAGAUAUCGUACGAUCAGUGUAUAGAUUCAACCGACCGACCUGUCCCUUUGGCAACUGUCAAACGACAUGUAAAUACUUAUCUUCUUGUCUGAAUGGCUUACUUAAACUAAAUGUAUUGGACGAGGAAACGUGUGACAAAACUAUAUCGGAUUCUACUGUUGAGACAAUACUAACACAUAGCCGUAACGGUUUGAAGAAUUAUGGCAGUACUUGUUACUUAAAUGCAUUUUUGCAGCUUUAUUUUCGGUUCAAGGAACUUCGAAAAGCAAUUUAUGAUGUUGCAUCACAAGCUGAUGAAACUGGUAUAAUACACCAGCUACAAUUGAUAUUCAGUCAACUUCAGUUAAACAAUUCAGGCAUUGUUGAUCCAGGAGGUUUAAUUGAAGCAUUGAGGUUGUGCGAUACAGAACAGCAAGAUGCUCCUGAAUUCCACUGUUUAUUUAUGAAUUUAUUAGAAGCACGUUUCCAGCAAGUUGGUGUAUCGAUUAUUGAUGAUUUGAUUAGAGGAGAAUAUAUUUAUGAAACUAGUUGUCUGAAAUGCGGUUUCACAUCUCGGUUACCUUCAAAGUUUUUAGAAUUAUCCCUGAAAGUUUCUUCAAAGUCACUUCCAGAUUGUAUACGGGAUUAUUUAAAGGAAGAACAAUUAGUUGGUGAUAAUCGUUAUGCUUGUUCACAAUGCGGUUGUAAACGAGAUGGUAUUAGAAGAGCCUAUAUAACACGUGCUCCACCAUUGUUAUGCAUUCAAUUACUUAGAUUUACUUACAAUUCAAACACUGGUCAACGUAAAAAGUAUAAAGCUUCUAUUCGAUUACCUGAUGUUCUUGAAUUGACAAGAAUUGUUGAAAAUUCAAAGAGCAACAAACAUUUGAAUGGUGAAAAUUCUGUGGAGUGUUUAAGUGUAGAUUCAGAUCCAUGUUAUCGUGCAUAUCGUCUCUGUGGUGUACUUUUACAUAUUGGCAAUCAACCGACAUCGGGACAUUAUAUAGCUGUUCUUAGAGAUUCAUAUAAAAAAAUCAAUUUAUCUCAAGAUAACACAGAAUCAUGUACUGAAGAUGAUCCUCUUUUAAAAUCAAAUGAAUGUUGGAGUGUUUGCAAUGAUAUGGAUGUUUUCAGUAUCCCGUCAAAUCAAUUUAAAUUAGAAAAAAUUAAUGGAUCAGCUAAAUCAUUACAAAGUUAUUUAACAAGUACUGAAACAUCAGAUUCUUCAUUAAACAUUACAAAGUCUGAUCAAUCUUUGGAAAAAUGUUCUAGUCGUAGACCAGCUAAAAAACGUCGUCAUGAUACUUCUGCGAAUGAUCUUGAUCUUAGUUCAAGUGACUUGAAUGAAAGCAACGAUUUUACAACGUCAAAGUGUUGUUGUAGUUCUUCACAAAAUGAAUUAUGGUAUAGUUCAACUAAUGCAUAUAUGAUAUUCUAUGAAUCAAUGGAUAAUUGUAUUAUGGAUAAAGAUAUUAUUGUUCCUGAUGAAUUACGCCAAACAAUUGAAGAAGUAAAUUUAAUUGAACAACAAAAGCAUUUAUUUGAACAACGAAAUAAAGUAAAUCAUAAAAAUCAAUUACUUCAAAUACUAUCCAGUCUGAAAUUACCUGAUCCUAUCAGUCUAUCACCAAAUAAUAAUGAUAGUCCGACAUUAGUAAAUUUAUACAAUGAUGUAUCUUUGAUAUCAACAUCUUGGUUAUGUGAUUGCCUUAAUCAUCCAAUGUUAUUAGGGGAUCCUUGCUUAACUGAUGCUCAGAUUAUAUCACUUUCAAAGCUCAAAGAUUACAUAUUUCCUGCCUCUUUACCAAACCAAUCUUCUUACUCAUUACGUACUUGUCCACAUGGCCAUGCUCCUACAGAUCUUGCUGCAGGUUCAUACAGGGCUGUUUCUACUGAAGGUCUUAAAAAGCUUAUUGAAAUUCUGUUCCCAAAAUCACUUGAUGCUGUUCAAUUUGAAAAUACUAGCUUUAAUCAAUUUCAACCAUGUCUAAAGUGUAUUUCCUUAAAUAUCGCUUUAUUGAAAGUUGAAAAUUCAAUUAAAGAAUUAUCGAAAGAAUUGGAUUAUUUUAUAAGAACUAAUCGUUUAUCUUCUUCAUAUUAUAAACGACUUCAAAAUGAAGAGGUCAACUCAAUUUCUUCUUCAAAUAAUGAUAAAGAACCUGGAUAUUAUUUAAUUGGUAAGAAAUCUCUUCGACAAUGGAAAACACUUGCACGUCAUUUCACUCGAUCAUUAUACUCUGAUUGUGAUGAUGAAGAUGAUGAUGAUAAUAAUUCUAAUUCACCAACAACUAAUCCUCCUCCUCAUCAUACAAAAACAGCAUUUAAUCAUGAUAUUCUAUGUUCUCAUGGUCAACUUUGUAUAGAAAAUGCACGUUAUUUACCAGCAAUACUUUGGUAUAAAUUAAUUGAUUUAUUUCCCAAUGUAAAAAUUCCUACAUUUCCUGUUUAUAUUCCUUAUAGUAAUAAUAAUAAUAAUAAUAACACUGAUCUAUCAUCAUCAUCUAUUGAUUCUUUGAAUAUGCUUAAUAAAUCCGAGCCAUCUUGUUCAGAAUGUAAUGCAUUAUUAAAUGAUUUAAGUAAACGUGCAUUAUGUGAACGUCAAAUGCUUCCAAGCUUAUUUUUAUCAAAUGUUCAACGUAUGCGUUUAUUACACUCUCCUAAUCAAAUAGAAAAUUUAACUGUAAAUAUAAAAGAUGUUUUAAACAAAGAUGGAUUGAAUUGUGAAAAAGGAGAAGAUAAUUUCAAAUCAGAAGAUUCAUACACUCGUCCUGUACAUGCCAACAAUAAUGAAUUAAAUCAUUUCAAUACUAAUGCUAUCUAUUUAAUUCCAAUGGAUUUUAUAAUACAAUGGAGAAAAUUUAUACGUAAUCCAACAAGUGAUAAUUUGCCUAGUUCACUUUUAUCUGGUUUUAGCACAGAUGGUGUUCUAUGUGAACAUGGUCAGAUGUUAAAAUCGUGGGAAGCUCUUAUAAAUGAGUCAACAUUGUGUCCUGUGACAUUUUAUGAAUGGGAUGUCUUGUCUCAUGCAUAUCCUCAUCGUUUGAAAGAAAACGAAGUACCUUUGGAUAAUGAUGGAUUGGAAUCAAAAAUAACUUCCUAUCCAACGAUGUAUUUACUUCCACAAACUGAUUCUGAAUUAAAGUGGAAAUUGGAACCAUCUUCCUAUAGCACUGUAUGCCCGGAUUGUCAUUCUGAAUUAACAACCAGUGAUUACGUAUAUAAUCAUGCCAGAAUCCGUAUACAUCUAGUAACUGGUUUCGACGAAGCACUAAGUAAUUGCGUCCAGUCAAAACCCACUACUAUUCACGGUUCCUUGAAUUGUGUAUCACAGGAUUCUCAAACUGACACAGAAAUUUGUUGUCAACCAGCAACUGACAUUACAGAGCCGGACAAUUUUGAUCAGGAAAUGAAUAAUUUGAAAGAAAUUAAAGAUUAUUUUAAUAAACAAUGUCAUAAUACAGAAUUAUACAAUUCUACUAAUAAAAAUACUACUUCUACGCUUUCAUCAAAUAAUGGAACUAGUCUAAUCGAUCAAUUACCUCCAUCGUCAUCAUCAUCAUCUGAUCAUCAACAGCAACAACAACAACAACAACAACAUAUACUCUAUGAUAAUACAAAUAUUCUAUCAUCUAAUCAAUCUCGUCAUUCACAAUCUCCAUCAACAAAUUAUGUUCGUCGUUCUACACGUCAACGUUUAAAUCCUAAAGAUUUAUUAAUUAAAGUGAAUAGUAGUGAUACUUUGCUUAGUGUGAAAUUACAAUUAAUGCAAAUUCUUGGUAUUAUUCCAUCUGAUCAACAUAUUAUGUCAAGUGGUGUAGAACUUGUUGAUCAUACAAAAACAUUACAAGAAUUAGGUAUCCAUUCGAAACAGAUUCUCUAUUUAUGGUCAGAUGAUCCAACAUGGGAUCCUAAUCGAAUAAGUUUUGAUAAUGGUCUAUUCAAAUUGACUACACAAAAGUCAAAAUCAAAUAGUCCAUGUAAAUCAACAUCGGAAUCAAUUCCAAUAGAAUCAGGAUUCAAGGGAACUCGACUGCUAGAAUUUUAA